AUGGAUGCCAAAUUCUCAUCAGACGAGCGAGUGAUCAUCACUUCCAACAAUGGCUCCACUGUGAGCAGGGAAAACUUUAUUGUGUGGGCGCUGGAGGAACAAAUCAAGAUCAAGACUUACAAAUCCCACUCCAACCAAUCCCUUGACUCUUUCCAGUUCUCGGAGAAUGCACAAAGUCUUGCCAUCGUCCUGCAGCAUGAAGUAGUGGUGUUUACCAUUUCCAGCCUGGACGACUUCAAGAGACAGGUGAAGCUUGCUGAAGAGGAGCAGAACAUCCUCAAGGCACCCCAUGUUCAAAAGGUUGCCUGGCUUCGCGGAGGCUGGAUCAUGGUUAUGUGUUUCGAAAUCGACUACAAUCCCGUCAACGUAGCAGCUACUCGUCUGUUCCUCUACAACGUCGAGACCAGGCAAGAGCGUAAGUGGCGCGCCUGGAGCGAGCACGCCAAAAACGGUGAGAUAUUUGUCUCCGAAAGAGGUGAUUGGGUGGCCAUUUCUCUCAGAAAGUUCAUCAAGAAGAACCACUACGCCACCGUCAUCCAAAUCGGCAACCUGCUCAGGAAGGAAGAGCCUCUGGAGAUCACCAGUCUGGAGGUCAAGGACGAAGUGGACUCCAUCAGUUGGGACUGGCACAACAACCGCUUCGCAGUGGUCAGCGAGGACGAGGCUACCAAGAAGGGCAUCAACGUGAGGUUCGUUGUCAGUUUCUACGAAAUCGCAUUCAAGAACAAAUCCAUCGAAAUUGGAAAGAUUGGAGAAAUAAGAGACAACCUCCAAAAUAGGGUUGUGUUGGCUAGUAAUGGAAACUUCUUCGCCCUUUACAACAUCACAGAGGAAAGUCCUGAAAAGGGCAAGUUCUCACUGGGUCUUAUUUCAAGGGAGGGCAAGGAUAAGGGCAAGCGCACUCUUAACUUCGAAUUCACCAAGCAGAACCUGAUAGUCAGCGGUAUGAACUUCUUCCACGUCGACAACUCUGGUCGUUUCAUCCUGCUGGGCACUGAAAAGGGCUACCAGAUCUGGAACUUCAUCGGCGAAAUCAUCACUAAGGACACCCUCCAGAAGAACAUCUUCGACGUCCAGUGGAGGCCCAGAGUCAUGACUGAGCUUCCCGAGGAGGAAGAGCGCGCCCUUAUCGAAAGCGAGAAGGAGAUCCGAAAGAAGUACGAAGAGCAGGACGACAAGCGCAUCAACGUCCUCAAGUACGAAAAGGAAGCUGCUCGUCUACAGCAGAAGCAGUCCUUCCUGCAGUACAUCGCCAACAAGAACUAG